AUGCCUCUCUUUUCUGGCAAAGAGGCCUUCGUUAUCCUCGGUCUCUCACCGAUCGAGCCCUCACUCCAUCGCCGCUCAGAAAACUGCACCAUCUGCACUCUCCCUCUCACCAUGCCCCUCAGUCUCGCAGCAGAGACGCCACACAUAGCUUCGGAAGCGCCAUCUCAACGCCCUCCCCACGCCGCCACACGCAUCAACCUCUGCAACCACAUCGUCGGCAAAGAAUGUCUGCUCGCAUGGCUCGACAUCAGCUGCGCGUGUCCUGUGUGCAACCUCACGCUCUUCGACGCUACCGAUGAGGAGAUUAUAGAACGCGACGUUGCAUUUGUGUACAAGAAACUACGACAUCUAUGGAGGAAAGGGGAUAUUCUGGCGGCGAUUGAGAGGGUCGUUGCGAGGAAGAGGUUUGAGCAAGGAUGGCGCGAGGCGCGGGCGCCUGGAGUUGAUGCGGUGGAGAACAAGGGCGAGGGAGAAGGUGCGGUGCUUGAGGGUGAGUUCUGGGAUGGGAGUGAGGAUGGGGAUGAGGAGAUGGAAGAAGAGGAGGAAAGCGAAGAUGGCGAAAUUAUUGAGAGCGAGGAGGGCGAUGAGGACGAGGAAAUGGAUGGCAACGAGGGCUACGACCGGGAGAUCAAGGACGAGGGCUAUGAUGAUGUCGACGGUUCAGAGGGUAUGGAUAUUUCGGACUUUCAGGAGUGA